AGUAUACUGUGAAUUAUUAUUAUUAUUUUUGCAGAACUGUGUCCAGUUGAGAAGGGCCAAAUCCUACUGUCCGAUGGCUGGAAGAAAAGUGUCAGAUGCCAACAAUUUCCUCUCUAUUUGUGUACUUAUGACAACCUUAUGGAAUGUCACCCACACAUCCACGGAACAUGAAUUUAUAGCAAACUAUUCAAAGGGUUCCCUGCCUACUGUUCCUAAACAUUUAUCAGAGCAAACAAGAGUUUUGGAUUUGUCGGAUAAUAGUAUAUCUGAACUAAAAACCUCUGAUUUUCGUUCUCUCUCCAACUUACAAGUGCUAACUUUGUCUUACAAUUCUAUCAGAGAACUUGAUUUCAGUGUUUUUCAGUACAAUGAAGCCUUAGAGCAUCUUGAUGUAUCUCACAACAAGUUGCAGAAGAUUUCUGGUCUUCCUGUUAAAAGCCUCAAGCAUCUAGAUCUCUCUUACAAUGACUUUAUCACCGUGCCCCUGUUCCCCAAAUCUGGCAAAACAUUAAAGCUGAACUAUUUUGCCCUCAGUAUUAGAAGUAUUUCCAGUGUCAGUGCUCUUCUGGAUUUAGAACUGGACACUCUGUUUUUGGACUUAGAAUACCUUUCUGAAUAUAGCCCCGGAAGCCUUUUAGUAUUCAGUGCGAAGACUGUUCGGAUUGUGGCCCCUAAAAAUACAAACCUUCACAUUUUCUUGGAUCUGCAGUUCAGUGGUACAGAAAGCUUAGAAUUUUCAAGGAUCUCACUGGAGCAAGUUGAAGACUUAGAAAUGUUUUUGUCAAAGCUAAACAAAAAAAGUACAUUGCAGAAUCUAACAGUAGUUGAUAUCAAAUUCACUUGGGAAAAUCUCCUUAAUGUUUUCGAAGCAGUGGGGAGAUCCAGCAUUAAUAACUUAACCAUAUUAUAUCCAACCAUUACUGAAUUCCAAGAUAAAUAUUUUGAUGCGGAUCUCUCAUUAAAGAGUUUUGCCAUCAAACGUGCACAACUGAAUACAGUAGAGUUUAACCAGAGCAUUGUGUACUCAACUUUUUCAAACUUGAACACUGAAGCCUUGACUAUUUCUGAUUCUGGUAUAUUAUAUAUGUAUUGUCCUGUAAGACCCAGCAGAUUUAAGUAUUUAUGUUUUCAAAAUAACACAUUGACGGACACAACUUUCAAAGACUGCCAUCACUUAGCUAUGCUAGAAACACUCAUUUUACAAAAGAAUCGUCUUGAAGACCUUUCCGAAGUGAGUUUAAUGACAAGAAGCAUGAAGUCUCUGAAUUAUAUGGAUGUAAGUCAGAAUCGUUUGCAAUACAAAGAGAGUGGAAACAAGUGUGAUUGGGAUGGAAAUAUAAUUAAACUGAAUUUGUCAUCCAACAAGUUAACAGAGUCUGUUUUUAGAUGUUUACCGAACAAUAUCCAAAUUUUGGACCUACAAAGUAAUCAGAUUUCAACCGUGCCUAAAGAGAUAAUUGACCUGAUUGCCUUAGAGGAGUUAAAUUUGGCUUCCAACAAACUGAAUGCAUUCCCUGGAUGUAGCCAUUUUAGAAACCUUCAAGUACUUAACAUAGAAUAUAAUUUUGUUCUCGAUCAAUUUUCUGAAUUCUCCCAGACCUGUCAGAGUAUUCAAAAAUUAAAAGGAAGACAUAAUCCCUUCAGGUGCAACUGUGAAUUAAGGGAGUUCCUUAAUCUUCCGAAACGAUCUGUGGAACUAGUUGGUUGGCCUGAUUUUUAUAUGUGUGAAUAUCCAUAUGACUUAAGGGGAACUCUUUUAAAAGACUUCCAUAUUUCUGAACUUGAUUGCAAUGUGACCCUUAUUAUUGCAGUAGUUCUGGUUGUCGCUCUUGUCAUACUGGCCACUGUCACCUUCCUCUGCAUCCACUUUGAUAUUCCCUGGUAUUUCAAGAUGAUUUGGCGUUGGAGUCAAGUAAAACACCGGAUAUGGAAGACUAAAUCAGAAGAGAUCCUUGAGAACACCCAGUACCAUGCAUUUAUCUCCUAUAGUGAGCAUGAUUCUGACUGGGUCAAAAAUGAGCUGAUUCCCAAUUUGGAGAAGGAAGAAGGGUCCCUAAGGCUCUGCCAACAUGAGAGGAACUUCAUUGCAGGCAAGAGUAUUGUUGAGAAUAUCAUUGAUUGUAUUGAGAAAAGUUACAAGUCCAUCUUUGUGUUAUCUCCCAAUUUUGUGCAGAGUGAAUGGUGCCAUUAUGAGCUGUACUUUGCUCAUCACAAGUUGUUCACUGAAAAUGCUGAUGGUCUAAUUCUCAUUUUGUUGGAACCAAUACCGGCAUAUACCAUUCCUGCCAGGUACUACAAACUCAAAGCUCUCAUGGACAAGAGGACCUACUUGGAGUGGCCAAAAGAGAAGAGGAAGCAUGCAUUUUUCUGGACUAAUCUUAGGGCAGCUCUUCAGAUUAAACUUCCAUACAUUGAAGAAAUGAAAGAGCUAGGAUCUGCAUGGAUGGGGAAGAAUCUGCUUUCUGUCUGACAAGACCUAAUGGCUGUGGUUUUUAUGUCCCCCCCUAAUUUGUGAUUUGCCAUCUUUGACUGUGAAUGGGGCGGCACUCUCGCUGUCCAAGCUGGUGCACGAUCUGGGGGUCCUCCUGGACUUAUGGUUACUGCUUGAAGGGCAGGUUGGAGCCAUGGCUAGGAGGGCCUUUGCACAAAUGCAUCUUGUGUGCCACUUGCCCCCUUUCCCAGACUGGGAAGCACUGCUCAUGGUCACUCAUACCUCAGUCACUUCAUAAUUCGAUUAUUGCAAUGCACUCUACAUGGGACAUUCAGAAGCUGCAGCUGGUCCCGAAUGCAGUGGCAUGGGUGGUAAUGGGUGCACCAAAGCACAUCCAUGGAACACCACCACUGGCUGAGCUGCACUGGCUCCUGAUAGCCUUCCAGGUACAAUUCAAGGCGCUGGUCAUCACCUUCAAAGGCCUCCAUGGCAUGUGACCAGGUUACUUACAGGACUGCCUAUUCCCAAUGGUUUC